AUGUAUUUCCUAAACGUGAAGGAUAACGAUAAACACCUCUACAACGCACUACAAGUUGAUGGCAUAACAUUCUACUCCCGCAAAAACAACAGGAGCAAUCAGAAAAAACAAAGAAGAUAUUCGGACCAGUUCAGAACGAAUAAUUUAAAUUACAAGGAUAUUUAUAGGAAAUUGAAGAUAUUGGAGAAACACAAAGAUGAUAACAAAGACUUGGAUGAUCUCACGACGAAAUGGAAAGAAUGCAUCGACAAAUGCAUCAAUAUCCUUAAGGAUGUGUUCGAAUUGCCGGCCAAGGAGGUAUUUAAAGCCUUUCAUUUGGAGAAGUACGGUUUUGUGUUAGAGGAUUACGGCGAGUAUGAUGAUGAGAUCGUGGCGGAAGAUCAGUCGAGUACUGUGGGUCAUCAUAUGGAUCGUUGA